AGAGGAGGUCAGGGCGCACGUUUCCCCCCAGCCCGAACCGUUCGGCCGAAGAGCCUGAAGGCCCAUGGAGGGGGAGAGCAGCGCGGACAAGCCCUUGGUGUGCGGACACGGAUUGGACCGACCGUGCAGCCUGGAGGCUCACGCCUGUGCCCGAGGCGGGGAGAGGCUGUGUCAGUGCGGGGACUGCGGGAAGAGGUUCACCUACCCCUCGGCGCUGGAAACGCACCGGCGCAGCCACACGGGGGAAAGGCCCUUCGCCUGCGCCGAGUGCGGCAAGCGCUUCGCCCUGUCCUCCACCCUGCAGAGACACCGGCGCAGCCACACCGGCGAGAGGCCCUUCGCCUGCUCAGAGUGCGGCAAGGCCUUUAACCAGUCGUCGGACCUGCUGGCCCACCGGCGGGUGCACACCGGCGAGAGGCCCUUCGCCUGCCCCGUGUGUGGGGAGCGAUUCACGCACGGCUCCAACCUGCAGACCCACCAGCGGGUCCACACCGGGGAGAACCCGUUCACCUGCCCCCUGUGCGGGAAGGGCUUCACUCAGGCCUCUAACCUGCAGAGGCACCGGCGGGUCCACAGCGGAGAGAGGCCUUUCGCCUGUCCCGAGUGCGGGAAGCGCUUCGCCGAGUCGGCCAGCCUCCUGGCACACGGCCGUGUCCACAGCGGCGAGAGGCCCUUCGCCUGCCCUGAGUGUGGCAAGGCCUUCACCCUGUCAUCGACCCUGCAGAGACACCAGCGACUGCACACCGGCCGGAGGCCCUUCGCCUGCUCUGAGUGCGGUAAAGCCUUCAACCAGUCUUCGGACCUGCUGGCCCACCGGCGGGUUCACACCGGGGAGAGACCCUUCGCCUGCCCCGUGUGCGGCAAGGCCUUCGCCCAGGCCUCUAACUUACUGAGCCACCGGAGGGUCCAUACCGGGGAGAAUCCCUUCAUUUGCUCCAUGUGCGGGAAAGCCUUCGCCCAAGCCUCCAACUUACUCAGCCACCGGCGGGUCCACACCGGGGAGAGGCCCUUCACUUGCACCCUGUGUGGGAAGGGCUUCAGUCGAUCGUCCUACCUGGUGAAACACCAGCAGGUUCACAGCUGACUGUGCUGUUCCCAUUCUGUGGGCAGUCGCUUUUGGAGGACCCAGGCCUGUGCAUCAAUGGACAAUGAGCAUCCCGUCAAAGCUCUUUUGUAAAGUGCCCAUCAGGCCAGUUGCAAGAAGAUCAGAUUGCAAAGGCAGCAACUUUUACUGCAUAAGGAAAGCAUGCAGACUGAAAGUCGACUGGUGUUGACCUGUGGAAAAUGUAACGGGGAACUUGUUUCCCCAAUCCCUGUUAAAGCGCAUAGCGGGGUCAUAUUUCAUCCUGUCUGCAGAGGACAGACUCCCCUGUUUAUGAAUAUUUGUUGCUUCCAUUAAGUGUACCUUAGCCAUUCUAUAAGACCAACACUAAUCUUAAAUCGGAAAAAUAAAACUGUAUUGUAGGAAAAUGCUUAUUGAGCGUGGAUCCAAAGACAGCAAACUGCAACUUAGUUCUAUCUGAUGAUCUGAGAUCAGUAACAUAGACUGGACAGCAACAGCCCUACCCACAUCACCUAAAGAAACUUAAGGACUGUCCCCAAGUCUCAUGUUCCCAGAAUUUUUCCUCAGGAUCCCAUUCCUGGGAAUGUGGAGACUGAUGGGGAUUACUGGAGAAUAGGGAUUGUGUAUGGGAGUGUGGAGAGACGAACUAGAAAUUCAUUUCUUGAGAACAGCAGUAAAUCCUGGUGUGUGCAUUGUGGUUUUAAUUAUCUCACAACUCAACACAAUUACAAGUUUAGUGACCUCCCUUUGAUACCCUGUAACACUAGAAUUCGAGUCCAGUUGGACUGUGAGGCUGGUUAUUGACUCACUGAAACAUUUAUGGACACUUCAUACUACAUUCACUGAAGCUGUAUUUGCUGCAUUUUAUUGUGAGGAUAAAACCCUAAACUUGUUAAAUUAAUUCUGACAUCAGAGACUUGGUAAUAUCACUUCCUGAAUGAUGUUACUUCUCAUCUGAUGUACAGGCCAGAAUAUUUCACUUCUAGUUUGUCUUGGGAUUUCUGAUAGUAUUUCAGUUGGGUCAUUUCUGGUGUUGCUACUGGGUGCUUGGUGUUGACUCCAUUGCAGGGAGGCAAUCCAUGUUUUUGGGAUGUCCUUGAAAGACUGAUGAUGGGAGUCCUAUGGGUGAGUUUGAGUGUUUUGUACAGGCCACACUUUGCAAUAUGGAUCCUCCAGUGAGAGUGAAAGAUAUUAAAAAGGGCUGUUAGAAUAUUUCAGAAUUCGACAAGGCUAGGACAACUGAUGCCCUGGAUCACCUGUAAUCCAAAAAUGUUUUUGAUUUUUGCUGACAGGGACUCAGUAAGUUUAAUUAUCAGUAAUAAUGACAAUUGUACAAAUGGAAUUACUAAUUAACAGAGAUUGUUCUAUUAAUUGUUCAUUAUAGUUAUCAUGUAAUUAGUCAUUAUUAGUAGUCAUUGUGUGAUUAUUGAUAAUAUUUUAAAUUUUAUUCUUAAUUCCUGUGAAAUGUUUAAAACAGGUUUGAGAACCAUGUUGCACUUUUGCUCUCACUAAAGAGCAAAUUUCAGAGAGACAAGGGCGGGAACAGUAAGCAUGAAUUUAAAAACAAAAAUUUCAAAGCAUUACAUUGAUAAAGAAAUGAGUAAUCAAUAAAAAAAUAUAGUUUUAACAGAU